ACUAACACACAAUGGCUCCCAAGGGUACGUGUCCUAUCUCAUUCCUGGAUGCUCUCCGCACCUUUUAGUGUGCAUGGAAUGGAUGGAUGCAUCGAGAACAGGUGGCGGGACAUCAGUCCGAAAACACCGAGCUUGACGCGUCGUCCACCUUUCCAACCUUGCCAUCCACUCGACGCGUAAUAUCCACUGACCUCGCUCCAGCUAAGACCACCGCUGGCAAGAAGAGAGCCGGUGCCCCCUCUGCCUACAACGUCUACAUGAAGGUCCAGCUCGCCAAGAUCAAGGAGGAGCAGGAAAAGUCUGGCAAAAAGUCUGACCACAAGGAAAACUUUAAAAAGGUCGCCGCCGAGUGGAAAAACGCCCCCGAGAACCCCAAGAACAAGAAGUAA